AUGAAACUCUUGAUCGCUCUUGCUACCCUGGUGGUGCUGGCCGCGGGCCACACCUACUCAUCGAUUAACGACCAUGUCAUCGAUGCGCUGAUCAGCAAACCGGAGUCGCUGAAGGCCUUCUUCAACUGCCUCGUGGACAAUGGCCCGUGUGACAAGACCCAGGCAUUCGCUAAGGCUUUCAUGCCCGAAGCUAUACAGCAAGCGUGUGAUAAAUGCUCGGCUGUACAGAAGGUGAUCCUGAAGAAAUUCCUCGCUGUUCUGAAGGAACACUUCCCUGCCGAUUACGAAGUCUACAAGCAGAAGUUCGACCCAGAAAACAAGUAUUUUGGACCGUUGUAUGAGGCUUUUGCAUAA